CUAUCUUCUCGUUAUCUGUAAAACGCUACGUUUUAACAAAACCUUUUACACGGUGUCGUUUCACUCUAUAUUUUAUAUUGUCGCCGUCGUCGUCUUUUUUCGCUCUCCCUGAUCAUUCGCCGGCGUGAUCUCAAUCGAGACUCAGAUUCGAUCAUCGGAGUUCAAUGGAUGUCCCCUUACCAGUCGAGAAAUUAUCUUAUGAAUCAAACCCUGAGGACAAAACUUGUGUAGUGCUUGUGGCAACUGGGAGUUUCAAUCCUCCAACUUUCAUGCAUUUACGCAUGUUUGAGCUGGCGAGAGAUGAAUUACACUCAAAAGGAUUUCAUGUUCUUGGAGGCUAUAUGUCUCCUGUUAAUGAUGCAUAUAAGAAGAAGGGCCUUUUAUCUGCAGAACAUCGUUUAGAGAUGUGUAAUCUGGCCUGUCAUAGCUCUGACUUUGUAAUGGUUGAUCCGUGGGAGGCAUCUCAAAGCAGCUACCAACGAACUUUGGCGGUUUUAUCAAGGGUCAAGACUUUCUUAACAACAAUUCGACGUGUACCCGAGGAAUCUCUCAAAGUCAUGCUUGUAUGUGGCUCGGAUUUACUGCAAUCUUUCUGCAUUCCCGGUGUUUGGAUCCCUGAACAGGUAAGAACUAUUUGUAACGACUAUGGCAUUGUCUGCAUCCGUAGAGAAGGACAGGAUGUUGAAAAUAUGAUCUCUGGCGACACAAUCUUAAACGAAAACCAUGGUAACAUAAAAAUCGUUGACAAUAUUGUUCCUAAUCAGAUCAGUUCGUGUAGAUUAAGGCAAUGCAUUUCACGAGGGUUAUCGGUUAAGUACUUGACUGAAGAUGGAGUAAUAGAUUAUAUCAGACAACAUCAACUUUACACUGAGCUCACAUGACAAAAGCUGAGAGGAAUAUUACUUUAUCUGAUCAAUAUUACUACACAACCCAUCAAAUAAUCGUGUGAUAAACAGAUGUAAUCAGAUCAGAUACAUUUUUUGAAUCUCUGUAUUUUGAGGUUCUCAUUUAUCAAAUUUUUGUAUCAUAUCCAUUAAAUGUAAAGAAAAGAAAAAACGAAAGAGGCAAGAGAAAUAUGGAAAGGUCACACUGGUGUUGGAUUACUUCUA